AUGAACGGGCUUGCCUGGUCGCUCAAAGCCGCCAAUAGCAACCCGAAAACCACGGUAGCUGCUGGCGCGACACGAUCUGAAUUUCCCUCAUGGACAUGGGCGUCCUUCAAAACUUCGUCAACACAUAACAAGGCUCCUCUAGAGUUCAAAUACUGCCUACGAAGAAACCUCGCUAUAGCCGAUAACAUCAGGGUCGAUGUUUUCCACGCCAUCCAAGGUCCGAAAGACAUCAACGAGGCGUCGACACUGCAUGCCAUCGCCGAAGACCCGUCCAGCUUUUUGCCAUCCAUCCAAAUCACCACUUCUGCGAUCGGAAUGGUACUGGGCCCCAACGCGGCAUAUUCUCCCGAGUAUGCGCAAAGCUACGAAGGCGUCUUUCGCCUCGAUGAUACGGAUCACAAUAAAGACUCGCAAUGCUGGGCGCUGUUCAUCGGCAAGAACAAAGAUCCUUCCGAGCGAAAUCUGAGAAUCAAGAAGCGCUUGGCCUUUCUUCUAGUGGUCGAGGCAGAUGGCGCAGGAAAUGCAUAUCGACGCAUCGGGCUGUGGUUCCUCAAUUGCUUGGAAUGGUCUCACGGGAAGAAGAGAUCUGAUCACAUUGAUAAGUUCUUGAAUCGGUUCAGCCUGGAAGAAGGCCGGGAGUUUGUAGAGCAAGAGAUUUUUCACAUCGUUUAG